AUGGCCGCUAGCCAGAGUGAUAUACAUGCUGACCCCUCGGACGUCCAGGAAGAGGGUUGCGAUGUGGACCAGGAAUGUAUUGCACCGGUAUCAACCAUGAUUGUUUGUUAUGGCAUGCUGUGCAACAUCCAAUUUGAGCUCCUGGUGUCCGCCAUGUCCUUGAUCGAAAGUCAAGCCUUGUGCUGGGAUGAGACCUCAACGUUGCAGCAUCCAACCGAGGGGUUCGAAGUUGUCAAGCUUUCUGGAGUCAUAGUAAAAGUGCUGCAGACGUUGGCAUCUGAAGCGUUUGCGGAAUUCCAAUUCUGGCUCUCACCACAACAGCAAUUUGGUCAGAACACGACUUACAAGUCAAGAGAGGGAGCAACCAAAGGGAUCCUACACGCAGAGCCAUGCUUGUCGCUAAUUAUCUACGGACCUAACAAUAUGGCGACCCAUGUUGGUGAUUGGCUUGACAGCUUAAAGAUGUAUCUUCAAGUGCCUCGAGGGUGCGAUCGAGAUGUGCCGUAUAUAAACCCCCAUUGCCUUGUUUCGAACCAGCAGCCUAUGAUAUACACUCACCAGUUUCCUGCCGAACUCACAGUGGACGAAUUAGACGAUCAAGAUCCUCAUAAAGACCUCUUCUCUGAUCUAUAUACCGAUUCGGUCUUCGACCUGGCACCACAGCCCUACGCCAUUGCUUCGUCCCUCCACAAUCACCAGAGACAAGCUUUGACCUUUAUGGUUGAACGAGAGCACGGGUGGAAUUUCACCGGUGCACGGAACGAUAUUUGGAAGUCCCACAUUGAUGCAUUUGGUGUCCGAAGAUACAAAAACACAGUGUGCGGAUUUACGCAAACACGGGCCCCAGAGAGCUUCCGGGGAGGAAUUAUUGCAGAUGAGAUGGGUCUUGGGAAGACGUGUACGAUGCUUGCGCUGAUAGCGGCAAGCCCAAUCCAACAUGACUUCUCAACGUAUGGGUCAGACUGCGUGAAAGGCACACUGAUCGUGGUGCCUGUCCCACUCCUUUUUGUGUGGGAGAAACAGAUCCAGGAGCAUUUUCGGCGUGGCUACAUUCGGCACACCAUCUUCUAUGGUCCUGACCGCCAGCAGAAUACCAAUUUCCAGGACUAUGAUAUUGUCGUGACGACGUACACCACCGUCCUAUCGGAAUGGAAGAACCGCGGAGUACCACGGUCUCAAAAAGAUUCGAGUCCCUUAUUCAGGACAUUCUGGCACCGAGUUAUCCUUGAUGAAGCGCACGUCAUCCGGACAAAAGACACGAUAUGUGCGAAGUCGGUAUAUGCUCUACAAGGAGAACGUCGAUGGUGUAUUACCGGGACCCCUAUACAAAAUCGGUUGACGGAUAUCUUUUCUCUUCUCCAUUUUCUCAGAGUGCACCCUUACGACAAUAUGCAGACCUUCCAAGAACAAAUUCUACGUCCGUGGAAGUCGCACAUGGAUAAAGAUGCAUUGAGGAGGCUUCAAUCUAUCUUAAAAGUGAUCACCAUUCGUCGGGGGAGAAGUGUCAUUACUCUUCCAGAAAGAAUAGAGCACACAGAAGAAGUCUGUUUCACAGAGGAGGAGCGUGCUAUGUAUGAACAGGCGCGGACCGGUGCGAUCGAGGUUCUGAACAGUGCCAUGGAUAUCGACCCGUCAACAUCCAGAUCAAGCUACUUGAAUGCACUCCAAAGAAUCAACGACCUCAGGUACAUCUGCAAUCAUGGCGCCACUCCACGACGACACAGGGAACCUUUCGAGCCCAUGAAUGCAUUAGGAGAACUAUUUCCUGCUCUCCUAAACGAAGCCCUUGAACGAGAGGCUGAGAAUAUGGACUCGCUAUGCAUUCACUGUGGCGCCAACCUGUUGCGGGAAGAGGAAGAUAGGAGCCAAGUCCUUCUCACACCUGAAAGUUGCACCAAUACCUCGCUAUCUCCAGCAUGCAGGAGCUGCCUUCAGUACGGCCCGCCGCCACUUUCGCCACCCGAUUCGAAGUUGUCUUCCGGUGUCUUGUCACCGACUAGGCCAGUCAAAUCCAUGCAACCAUCGAGCAAGAUCAAGGCUCUAGUGGGCCAAAUAACGGAACUCCCUCUCAAUGACAAAUGUGUCGUUUUUUCAUACUGGACUUCGAGUCUGGAUGCCGUCGAGGAAGCGCUGAAGCUGGCGUCGAUCAAAUUCUGUCGUUAUGAUGGUAAAUUGAGUCAGGCACAGCGCAGUCAUAUGUUAAAUGCUUUCACAAAUGAUCCUUCGUUGCAGGUACUCUUGUUGUCGAUAACUUGUGGAGGGGAGGGGCUUGAUCUCACUGCUGCAAACCAUGCCUAUCUCCUUGAACCGCAGUGGAACCCAAUGCGGGAAGAGCAAGCCAUGGCUCGAGUGCACCGACUUGGUCAGAAGAAGACCGUCCGCUUGGUUCGCUUGGUAGUGAAGGACACAUUUGAAGAGAAUAUUAUUAGGCUCCAAGGGCGGAAACGAACAUUGGCCGAUCUCAUUGUCGACCGGUCGCCGCUGCAGGAGGGAACUGGUGGAAAGAAGCAGCUUUAUUAUCUGCGUGAGUUGGUAGCCUAG